AUGCCGCCGCCAAUUCGCUACAAGCCACCCCUGCCAGUGCGCUUCAAGGUGCCCAAAGGAAACAUCGUGCCCCUGGAGCCCAACGUGCAGGACGUUCAGCUUGGCAAGUCGCUGGUUGCGGCGCAACCCCAUCGUAUCACCGCCGACCAGAUAGAGCUCGGCCGCAAGAUCCUGCGGAGGUUCAUGGGCCGCAAAGGCGACUUCCUGGUGAAUGUCCAUGCGACCUAUUCGGUAACUCGAAAGCCUCAGGGUGUGAAGAUGGGCAAGGGCAAGGGUGCCAUCGAUUUCUUCGUUGCUCGAGUGCCUGCAGGGCGUGUGAUGUUCAGGAUACCGUCGCUGAACCCGUUUCCAGGCGGGUACAACCCCAACUUUCAGGCGUUCACCGAGAUUGCAUCGAAGAUGCCUAUGGCGACCAAGAUCAGGCAGCAGUACAAUGUCUUUCCAGGCAAUUUGUCCAAGGGAGGAGGCUCAAAGUGA